GUCGCUCAAUGGAGGAAGGCAGGUUACCAAGACCAGGAUGGGUACGCGAACUUCAAAGAGCUGUUGGAGAACCCUAUUGCAGAUGCUCAGGACUUGCUCGUCGACCGCUUCCCUAUACCACGAUACACCAUCUGCGACCAGGGUGGCAGUCAAGCUCGAUUCCUGCCAUCCAAGCUCAAUCCUUCGACG